AUGUGUUGCCGCAUUAUCAGCGUCGCCUUGGCCCUAAUCUUUGCUUUCAUUGCGGUGUUGAACAUCUCUCUAUUCGUAAAUCCAGAUGACUGGAUGUCAUUCCAUCACUCCACUACCAGCAAUCUCGAUUUGGAUGCCGGCCCAACUCAUUACGAGAUUCUCGGCAUCCCUAAGUGUUCAUCAGACGAGUAUAUCAAGGCCGCGCGUCGCCAACUAGCGCUCCAGUGGCAUCCCGACAAGUUCACGGGGAGUGAAAAGGAAAAUGCAAGCGAGGAAAUGACUAAGAUAAAUCGGGCUUACGAUUUUCUCAUGGACAAUUCGGAGCGUUGCAUGUACGAUUAUACAUUGGGUUGCGGGUACGAGCAAAUGGAGGCAUGCUUCCAGAAGCGGGAACGGGAGUUGCAAGAGAAGUUGAGGCAGAAACGAGAGGAGAGAAAACAAGCUCGGUCACAACCUAAACCAAAAGAAACACCUCAGGCAGAACAGAAAAGAGAAGAAAGGAAAACAUCUUGGGCUGACACCUUUGAGGAUUCAGGAAAAGGUGUUUUUGACAGCAGAGAGACCUUCCUUGGAUGGCUUGAAAAGGUUAUGAAGCGUUUUCUUCGAUUCAUGUUGUUUGAUGUAACUUUAUAG